AUGCUGUUCAACUGCCAAUCUCUGCUCCUAGGGAUCUCCUUAAUAUCUCAAGCCCUUUCUGCACCUAUAUUGGAGUCGAGAGCAACUGCUGCCGCCUCUGCUUUCCCUGAUUUGCGCCGUGCAGCACAGCUUUCUUCCGCUGCCUACAGCGGUUGCAUUGGAAAAGCCUUCGAUGUCACUAUUACCAAGAGGAUUACUGACCUCUUGACCAGCACCAAUGGAUUCGUUGGAUACUCUACUGAGAAGAAGAAGAUCUCGGUCAUCAUGAGGGGCUCGACUACCAUCACCGACGUCUUGAAUGAUAUUGACAUUCAUCUCGUGACUCCCUCGCUCUCAGGCGUGACUUUCCCUUCCAACGUGAAGGUUAUGAGGGGUAUUGACAGGCCUUGGUCCGCUGUACACGACACCGUCAUUGGGGAAGUCAAAUCGCUCAUUGCGAAGUAUCCGGAUUACACUUUGGAGGCAAUUGGACAUUCCCUAGGCGGUUCACUCACAUAUAUUGCCCACGUUGCACUGGCCCAGAACUUCCCGGGCAAGGAAAUCACCAGCAAUGCACUCGCUGCUUUCCCUAUCGGCAACGAAGCCUGGGCAAACUUUGCUAGCUCGCAGCCUGGUACUUUGAACCGGGGAAAUAACGUUCUUGACGGUGUUCCAAACAUGUACGUGAGUGGGCUUGUCAACUUUAAACACUAUGGAACCGAGUACUACAGCAAUGGCUCGGAGGCCAGCUGCGUAAAAUGUGAGGGGCAGCGAGACCGGGACUGCUCUGCCGGCAAUGGCAUAUAUUCUGUCAAUGUCGGCCACAUCUCAAGCUUUGGUAUUACGAUGCUUACAGCUGGUUGUGGCUGGCUUUGA